AAUGAAUUCAAAUUUUCUAUUAUGUGCGAUGUUGAUGCACUAGCUCCUUUCAUGAAAAUGGAAGUUUAUUCUUCGACAUGAAAAUAAUCAUCUGCAUUAUAUUGACUUUUUCUUCACAGGAUUCUAGCCCUCACACGACUCCUCAACCUACAUCUUUAAGGUCCUCGUGUGUGAAUUCACCUCAUUCGUUGUGGACAGCCAAUCAUCUCUGCAUUUUGCGAUUGAUUCCGGGGUUUGCUGGAUUUGGAUAUAUUUUAAGAGGUUUCGUUCCUGAGAAUUGUUCAUAUCUUUGUCUUACCACGAAUGUACACCGUUCGUCGUGUCUCUACUACAAGGUUCGUCGUUGCUCGUUCUUGCGUCGAAGACGUCGUUUAGUUCGAAACAGAUGAUACGGUUCGGGACUUUGUUUCUCUUUGAAUUUUUUCUCGCAAAUAAGGAAGUUUUGCGCGACUUGCUUUUCGUCUUAACUCUCGCACCACCCACAUCUCACAAAAAAACUUCCUUGUAGGCUUUGCUGAUUUUACAACCUUUUUUUUGACCGACGUGGUCUCAUUUCCGAAACCCUGGUAUCGGUGUUUUGUUCACACAUUUUUAUCGGUCCAACAAGUGUUGCAUAUAGACGCAGUCUAGACGGUUUUUUUUUAACUUUGCUUCCUUAACUUUCAUUUACAACUUCUUCAUACCUACCUCUUUCGAAAAGAUGAACUACGGCCACAACGGUAGAGGAAACUCCCUACAGAGGAGUUCCUCUCAGAGAGGUGGCUACUACGGCGAUCCGUACUGCGAGGCAUACUACAGCUUCAGCCGUGGUUACACUCAGCCGAUGAACUACAUCCCUUACAACGACAGCUAUGGCGGAUCGCGAUCCUCGUAUAAUAACAGCGGCCAUGGCAGCUCUGGCCUGGUGGGCUGGGGCGCGUCAGCACCAGCUGUCGUAGAUGAGGCCAUGACCUUGAGCGUAGAUGUAUCCAACGCUAAGUCAGUCCUCAUCGUUGGGGAUGGGGACCUCUCCUUCGCGGCAAGCCUGGUCAACCACGUCCUGCACGUAGAAAGAAUUACCGCCACCGUCUACGAAAAAGAGGAAGAAUUUCUCAAAAGGUAUUCUUUCCUGAAGGAAAUAGAAAUCCUUCGCUGAAUACGUAGUAGUAAGUAAGAGAGGUGGUAUGGGUAGUUUUGGAUUUGGGACUCAUGCUUAAGCUUAAAUGGUUGAUGUUACUCCAAUUUAAUAGCCGAAAACUACACUUCGCUUUCGUCGUUUGUCACUUUAGGUAUGGCGACCAGGACCACACAUCAGGGUUGGUAAAUUUGAAGACCCUGCAGGGCACCAGCUGCAACAUGCUGUUUGGCAUCGACGCCACGGACAUUCGUGGCAGCUUGCGCAAGUGCCAGCAGGAACGUGGUGGCGUCGCGCCCUCCGUUGACGUGGAGAAGAUCCAGUAUGAUGUAGUAAUCUUCAACUUCCCGUAUCCGAUCGAAUGGAAUAGCACCAAUGUGCGCGGACGAGCGGAAAAGCUGAUGCGUGAUUUUCUUCCCUCGGCCCAAAAAGUGAUCUCCGAAAAGGGUCAAAUUCGUAUUGCGUUAGUCAACAAGCAAUUCGAAAUGUGGUACAUCGCCCAGACGCUCCAAAAUGCGAAACUCGAGGUCGAAAGAGUCGAAAAAUGUAUGGCCUCGAUCUGUUAAUUUACUUCAGUACUCAGAAGGAGAAUUUAAAUCUUCAAUUUCGAUUACGAUUUCAUGAUCUAUCUUACCUUAUCAAUCUUAAUGGAGUAAGCGCUCUGCUUUCACUGGAACGUUUGUUACCUACUUAGAAGUUUUAGAUGGAUUAUGUCUAUAAUUUUCUAUAAGAUGCCUUUUUUUGAUUUUCUUGUUUUUUUCUCCCUCUUCAUCUGAGUCGACAAGGAGUUGUUUGAGCAUUUUCGGAGUCGGUACGGGGAUGAUCGGGAACAAAAGAAGAGCGGAACGAAAGCGAACUACAUCGAUACGGGUAAUCCGCGGUAUUUUAUUAUCCGGAAGAAGGCUUUUAUGGACGCGCAGCGGCGCGAGCGACUCGCCGACACGAAGCAGAUCGUUGACGCGCAGCAGAAGGUGCGCGAUCAGCAGAAGGCAGAGAGAGAGGCCGAGAAGAAACGCGAGGAGGAAGAAGCAGCACGAAAGAAGAAGGACGAACAGGAAAGGAAAAAAGCAGAAGAAGAGCGAAUCAAGCAAGAAGAGCAAGAAAAGCUCAGAGCACGCAGACGGGAUUUAGCAAAGAAAGCUGAAGAGGAAAAUAACGAGAGAAAAAGACGUGAGCAGCAGCUUCGUCUAGCGCAACAACAACUACAACUACAACACCAACAACAACAUGCUAACGAGGUCAGUUCUGGUAGUAUAUCUGGCGGUGAUAAUGCGCCAAACGGCAGUGCCGUGAACAACAAGCCCAAGUCAGCGAUUAAGCAGACUCUAUUGCAAAAUGUUAAAGUUGAGGCCAAAGCAGACGUGGCGGGCUCAGCACUUCCUGCAGCGAAUAAGAGGACGCAGGUUCCACCGGCACUGCAGGUGGACAAGCUCAACACGGAACACAUCGCAGUGUUUCCUGCUCCUCGUCUUAGGGAUGUUGUGCUGCAUCCCGAAGGUAGGGCGUUUACGCUUGUCGAAGUGCGAGAAAAGUUCGAGAAGUUGAGGUCGGAUUCGCUCUUCUUGUAUGCCGACGGCUACUUCUAUACGAGAGAACGCUGCCGAGUCGCGCUUGACUUCCGCGUCGCGCAGCGAGUGCUCAAGGACCAGCGGGAGAAGAGGAAAGCGAAAAUACAGAAACAACUACAAGAUCAACAAGCCAAGCAAAAAGUGCAACCGGCUGACAGAGCUGGUGCACACACGUCAGCCCAGGGCAUUUUGAAUACUAUCGACAGCGUGGUGGAUGUGCUUCCUCCGAGUUCGCUGGAAGUCCAAAAUCCUUUUGCGAGCGAGGGUACACCGACUUCUGCGGAAACUGUUCCCGCCGGAACAGCGGCGACGAAGCGCGCUGCCUCGACGACGCAACAGCAUGAAGUGGCAGUCGCAGGCGCGCCAGCGAUAAAGCGCGUCCGCAGGGAUUCGACCCCGUCCAGACUGCCGCACAGGGAGGUUCUUGGUGACGCGGAGAUGCCGCAACGCGGUGACCGAGCUCGCCAGGAGGUGAGCCUGCGCAAUCCGUUUCACGACAGUGAUGCGAUGGAGGUGGAGGAGGACUUUGGAGCUAUCAACAAAAUGACAAUGCCACACAGAGAGAUGCGUGUGGAGGAGAGACCAUCGGUAGUGCCAACGGCUCCUCAUUCCUCUUUUGAGGAUGGGAAGCCGGCGGCGCCUAAACACGUCCCCUUACUACACACAACAACAACAACGUCAACAACUACAACAACAGUGAUGAUGAACAAAUCCUCUGCUUCUUCCAAUCAUGUCGUGCGGAGCGCCAGGUCGGCGAGAAAGUCGCUCCAUGAAGCCGAAAAUACACAGGUCAUGCAGACAAGAGAACUGAUCGCGUCUUCUGUUGUGGCUGUGGCAGCACCUCAAAGGCCCGCUGAUGCGAGAGUGUCAGGGCAAGGGAAUAAGGAUCCGAGUAGCGGAAAGGUGCGGAAAGUUCCCCUCUUGAAUAACAACGAACAAACACCACCUACAGUGCCUAGCGAGAGAUCAGAUAGAAAUAGCACUACAUCAACCAGGAUGAAUACGCGCACUGUUCCCGUGCUACCGACGCCACUUUCCCGAGGUGGUCAGGCCCCGCCGCCACCCCCACCUGAACGACCAGCUGUUGCGCAAGCCUUGCAUGCAGACGAAGAUGACAACAACAAGGAGCGAGAGCUCCUGCUGCGCCGAUUUUACGCCAAAGCCAAUCAGGGCAAAGCAGCAACGGCUGCACCAAAAGCACACCCACCUCCGAGUGCGGUAGAUAACAAUACGAAUGCGGUUAGAGGGCCGCAGAGAUCAGGGGGUGGAAAAGCGUCAUCCUCGAGGGGUGCUACGGCAGGCGGGAACAGAAGCAACAAUGCUUUGCUUCGCAGUGUGGGACCAUCUGGGGGUGUAGCCCCUCCGCCGCCUCCUCCGCCACCGCCGUCCGACCUCCUCACUUCUCUGCUUGCGGGACAGCGCACGAUCGCGCAUACCAACAUGAUGCUCAACAACCUCCUUUCCAACCCGUACGACUAUGCAGCACCACCCCUGAGCGCAUUUCCGCAGAUGCAGACAUCAACACUGCUAUCGGAGCAACGCCAACCCGUCAGCACUGACACGCGCUAUGCCGCGCUGCAGCGGGCUGCUCACAUGAGCAACCCAAGACGUGCGUGGUGA